ACAUUUUGUUUACUUGUAACUAAGAGACUAAAUUAUAUAAAGAUUUCACAAUUUAUAUUUGCAUUUAUAUCCUGUUAGACAAAAAAUUUCGUCAGUACUAUUUUGAACGUUCAACCGUAGACAUCUGCAGUAUAAAACAAAUUUAACUCGUCUUUAUAUAAAAAAUAAAGAAUUCAUAACUUAUACUUGCAUUUCACAUUUGACGUGUUACUCAUAAUUAAUUUUGAUAUUUAAAUUUAAAUCGAAUAUUUAAUUCGAGUAUCUACUCUUCUUUUGGCAUUUAUCACUUCUCAUCUAACAGUAAGCGAUAUUAAACAAUUGUUUAAAUUGUGCUAUUUCAAUUGUGAUUAAUCUAUUCAAGAUGCAUUUUUUUCAAAAAGUUAAGACAUGGUCUUCAGCUUUAAAUUCGUUUAUUCAACGAUUACUAGGAAUCCUGUGUUUAUUCAUUUUGGACAACAAACACAUGACGAUGAUAUAUAUCUCGACCAACGUCUGGCUGCUAUACGUGGCACGUCUGAUCGCUGGAUCUGUCAUAUAUUUUUUCAAGUCGUCUUUACUGGCACUAAGGGCCGGUCGACGAGAACGUGAGCCUCGCGAAGUCGCGGUCGACGCCACGGCUAGGACAAUUGAAGCUCGUCUCGACGCUCUCGAGGAAGCCAUACGCCAACUGUCAAGUCAGUUAGCGUAUUUCAAGCAAAAACAAGAGCCAAAAAACCCCACAGAAACAAUUCAAUCACAACAAACACCUAAAAUCAACCCGUCCUCAUCAUCAUAUUGCUACUACCACCUUCAGUUCGGUAAAGAAUCUAGAAAGUGUGGUAGUAACCUUUGUAUGUUUACUCCUAAGCGGAUAAGUCAAAAUUAUAGGCUUCAAAAGAAAAUUCACCUACCCGUGCUCUGAUUGGAGAGAUUAUUUGUAUAUUCAGACAAUAGUUAAAAAUUAAAAUCAAAAAUACUUUUCCAUGCUUUCCUUCUUUAAUAUUAAAUUGAUAUCUAUAUUGUAAAUUGUUAUAUAAAUAAAACAACAUUUAUCAAGAAAAUAUAA